UCUCAACCCAUCUUGUCUUUUUGAAAGAAUUUAUAUUGCAGGAAUUGCUCUGCUUCUGCUUGCUGUGCAUGCCUUUUUGAACUCCAGAGAAUCUACAAAACUCAGGUUCUUAGAUUGUAUCAGGUACACUAUUGGUUGUGUUCUAAUAUCAAACUCAUUACUUUCUUUCUGGGUGUUUCUGAGUUUGCUUAUUAGAUUCCUCUAGUGUCUGCAAUUGCAUUUUGCUAUCUGGAAAGUAAAUUACAAAGUAUGAUGUUGCGAAUGUGAGUAAGGUAAGACAAGCUGUGUGUGAUUUCAGAUUAGUGAUGGGGUCUGUAGGUAGUAGUAGUCCUCCAAAAACUUGGAUACCAUAUAUGAAUAGCAGAGACUGUUCUCAAGGCUUUUGUAGUUUGUACUGUCCACAAUGGUGCUACAUCAUAAUACCACCCCCUCCUUCCUUCGAUUUUCGUCAAGACAAUUCCUCUUCUUCUCCAAGUUUCUCUCCUCUUGUUAUUGCAAUCAUUGGCAUUCUGGUGAGUGCCUUUCUCCUUGUGAGCUACUACACUAUAAUGUCCAAGUACUGUGGUAACGAGGACCGAAGAAGAUCAAGAAUCAGGGAAGAUCAUGGCCACAAUGAGGAGUUGGAAGGUACCCAAAAUCCUUCUAUUCAUGAACCGUGGUAUGUGGUGACUGUUGGCUUGGAUGAAGCUCUGAUCAAGUCCUUGAGAGUUUGUAAGUACAAGAAUGGAGAUGUCUUGGUUGAAGGGACGGAUUGCGCAGUCUGUCUCAGUGAGUUUGAAGAAGAUGAGAGCCUGAGGCUGUUGCCUAAGUGCAACCAUGCUUUUCAUCUACCAUGUAUUGAUACAUGGCUCAAAUCUCACUCAAAUUGCCCCCUAUGUCGUGCCAGUGUUGUUUCGACGAAUGCUCCAACACAUCAUCAAGUGCCUCCUUCUGUGACUGAACCUCCUUCAAGUACUAGCAAUGAAGAAGUAAUCAUGAGGGCACAAGUUUCAGAGAGCGAUCAUUCUCAAAAUGUGGAGAUAGUGCAUGGAGAUGUCAUUCCAAAGACACCAUUACGUGUUUUUAGUGAUUUGGGGAAUUCAGAAGAGAGGGAUACCGUAAUAGAGAUCGGAGGUGAUGAUGCAGUUCAUCAAACAGUUAGAAGGUCAGCUUCGAUGGACUAUUUGUGUCACAAUAACCGCAUUUCAGUAGCCGAUAUUCUUCGCAUAAAUGACGAAGAAGAUAAACAUCUGGAAGGUUGGUCAGAUGAUAUUGCUGGUUCUUCAAAACAAUCAGUAGCUGGAGGAGCUGGAACUCAUAGCCUCACUAAAGAGCCUAUGAGACAUGUUGCAAUGAAGAGAUCAUUUUCGGGUGGGAGAUUGUUUCUCACUAGGCCUGCAAGAGCAAGGCAUACACCAAUUCCACUCUAGCUAGCUAGAAGAAAAGGAGAUCAAAGA